UUUUCUGCAAAGAUUUGGUUUGAAUACCUGGGGUCAUGGGCAGGAUUUGACUAUAUUCUCCAGAAGUAAGGAGUUGAAAUCUACCAAAGUGCAUGGAGGUGAGGCCCAACACCCUUUUAUGUUCUACAGGCAGCCCCUCAUUGGUCAUUGUUGUCUGUUGCCAUGGCAUUCUUUAGAAAAAUAGGACAUAUUUUUGUUGUAAUGUUGAGAAUAAUGGGUUGUGAGACUAAGCCUGUGACGUCGGCGUAAAGGAGGCUGCCAUAGAGAAAGUUGUAUUUUCUGUGCAAACAUUGUAAUAAUCUACUACACAAAUUUUACAUUGGUUAUGUCAUCCUGGCCUGGGGAAGACAGUGUAGUGCACACAGGCUGAAAGUCACACAUUCAUUUGCAUAAACAGACUCCAACCACCAUCCAAUUCUCAGUGACCCAUAUUUAGUGUCACACACACACAGAAAGACAGACACACACAGUCUAAAUCACACACAGCGACACAGCCACUGCAUGACUCAUACAUCGCAUUUCAUAGAGACAAAAUUUGUCAGAGAGAGAUUUAGAGGGGAGGAGAGAGAGCAGCGCAAUUCUGUUGUGUAUAUGUGUGUGUAUGUGCGAAUCAACGAGAGUGAGACCAAUAGAAGCAUGUGGAUGAAGCUGGGGUGGGGGUGAGAAGAGAGGUAGCAGGAGAAAACCAUUGUGUGUUAGAUCGAGAGAGAGAGAGGGAAGCGAGAGAUGGAGAUGGCUUAUUUUGUAAUAUGCUGUUCGUAGCAGCAGCACAGAGAGAGAGAGGUGAAAGAGGGAGACAUGCAACAGAAACAGGAUUCUCAAGGAGGCAAACCCUCAAGCAUCUUGGGAAAGGCGCAUCCAGCUCUCAAGGCCUUCAUGUGUGGCUCCCUGAGCGGCACCUGCUCCACGCUGCUCUUCCAGCCUCUGGACCUGGUCAAGACGCGCCUGCAGACCCUGAAGAACAACAUGAAGCCUGGAGCUCCUAAGGUGGGGAUGAUGACGGUGCUUGUCCAGGUCGUUCAGACAGAGAGCUUCCUGGGCCUGUGGAAGGGAGUGUCACCGUCGUUUGUGCGCUGUAUCCCAGGCGUAGGGAUCUACUUCUCUACCUUCUACUCACUGAAGCAGCACUACUUCCAGGAGGGCCGGGCCCCUAACGCUGGGGAGGCUGUGCUGCUGGGGGCCGGGGCCAGGGCCGUGGCUGGGGUCUGCAUGCUGCCUGUCACCGUCAUCAAGACACGCUUUGAGAGUGGACGGUACAACUACGUGAGCGUCCUGGGAGCUCUGAAGAGCGUGUGUGAGACAGAGGGGCCCAGGGCUCUGUUCUCCGGGCUGACGGCCACACUGCUCCGAGACGCCCCCUUCUCUGGCAUCUACGUCAUGUUCUACAGCCAGGCCAAGAGGUCCCUGCCACCGGAGGUGAGCUCGUCGCCCUAUGCCCCGUUGGGGAACUUUGGCUGUGGGGUGAUGGCCGGAGUCCUGGCCUCUGUGGUCACCCAGCCAGCUGACGUGGUCAAGACUCACAUCCAGGUCAGCCCCUCCCACUGGACAACCAAGGACGCCAUUCGCUACAUCUUCACGGAGCAUGGUCUGAGGGGUUUCUUCCGUGGGGCUGUGCCUCGCUCUCUGAGGAGGACUCUGAUGGCAGCCAUGGCCUGGACCGUCUACGAACAGCUGAUGGCCCGCAUGGGACUCAAGUCCUGAGGAGAGGAGACAGGGAGGAACUGAUAAAGGAAAAAUGACAUGGGGACUUGUUUUUAUACAAAGCAGCAGUUUGAAGGGGAAGAAAGCGAGGAGUAUGAGAAGGAGGGAGAGAGGAGGUGUAGGGACUGUUUAUCACUGCAACUAGCUGGGGAAAGAAAAAGAGGUGGGUGUUGGUGGCACGGAAGAGUGAAAGGUGUGUGUGUUUUACAUGUUGAUGUUUAUGAGAGAGUGAAUGUUUGUAUGUCCUUACAUUGUCAACCCUGACCUUAAAUGACAUUCCCUUACUGCUGAGAACUGAACUGAUCCCCCUCUGAGUGUGGAGAACAUAGAUAACUAUCUAUUUCUAUGGGGGAGACCAUAGGGAUCUAGUUAAUUAUAUUUCUAUGGGGGAGACCCUCUCAGACUGGGGAGGCCAUAGAGAAUGAUCUAAUUCUAUUUUUAUGGGGGAGAACCUCUGACUGACUACUGUGGUUUACCUCUGGAUACCACUCCAGUGACAAGAGACUGUCACCCACUGUCUAUGACUGCGACUAACAUCUAGGUGUCUCUAACACUCCCACUCCCAGCUUUGAUUUAGUUACCUCAGCAAGAGGUUAUCUGCUGGCUAAAAGUGUAGUGGACUGGACAAAGUAACCCUGUGCCAUAACCAUGCAACAUAUUUACAAAUGACCGGCAGACUACAUUAUCAGCACAGUGAUUAUUGUGACCUGUCGACUGACUGAAGGAAAUACGAUAUUUAUUGACUGACUGACUGACUAAUACAUUUAUUACUAGCUUGGACAAUCAAGACAAUAUUACUGUGCAUUCUAGCAAAAGACUAGGCUGAUAUUGCAACUGCACAAUUAGCUACUAGCAACUUGGCAUUGGCAUACUUAGCCAUAUUAAAAUAGUGUACAGUGGGUGUUCUCUAUACCCAAUUCAACUGGGAUAACAUUUCUAGUGCAUUCCAUUCUGGUUGCAGUGUUGUAGACCGGAUGUGCUUUAUCUAACCAGUAAUGAUAGUCAAUCCCAGAGUCAUAGAUGGAUAAUUGUCUCUAGUCAAUGCCAUUGGAACCCAGACAAUGCAACUCUGGGCUGUAGCAUUGUGAGACAAUAGUCAACAUCGCUAUCAUGAACAUGCAGCUUCAGCAUCACUGUAUUACAUGGGCCGGAUUCAGUAGUCACAAAAAGAAAGCAAACCGGAGGGACUAGCUGAUCUUGUCCUAUACGAAACGUAAGAUGUUUUUGUUUUUCAAUGCAAAACAUUUUGCGACGGUGUACACUACCCAGCUAAAUAUAGGAAUCCAUAUCAGUGAUGCACAGCCAUGGUCCUGGAUGGUCUCUGUUAUUAGUUUUGUAAAUUAAUAGGCCUAUGUAUUCAGUAUUUUGAGUAGUUUGUUUUUGGAAACCCAUACACGUGUAUAUUUUCUAACCCACAGUGUCCAGUGUGCCAUGUCAUGGGUUUUAUUUUUGAACAUGUCAGUUUUAAAGAGAUGUGUUUAUAUUGAAAAGUAUUGUCCAGAUUCAAAAUAUAUACUGAGUGAGCGCAACUCAAUAUUAGGAUGGUUUUCUUAAUGUUUGGAAUACUCAGUGUAUAGAGCCUGUAGAGAGCCCUAUUGAAGCUUCUAGGACCAGAGAUGGCUGAGAGAAACUGAUUUAAAUCCUUCAUUCUAUAUUGGUGCACUAGUUGCACAUGGCUACUCACUCAAUACCAUCACUACAAUCACUGUUUGCCAACUGUUUUUGCUUUUUACGCACACACAUGAAAAAGGACACAGCUUAAAUAUACACUGUGGCCAGUUUAUUAGGUACAUCCAUCUAGUACCGGGUCGGACCCCCUUUGCUUCCAGAACAGCCUAAAUUCUUUGGGGCGCGGAAACUUUGCUCAAUUGGUGUCAAGGGACCCAACGUGCGCCAGUAAAACUUUACCCACACCAUGACACCACCACCAUCAGCCUGGAUGGAGCAAUGGAUGUCGUGCGUGAAAAGCCCAUGAGGCUGACCGUUUCUGAGAUACUGGAACCAGCGCGCCUGGCACCAACGAUCAUACCACGCUCAAAGUUGCAUAGGUCACUCGUUUUUCUCAUUCUAACGUUCAAUCAACUGGUAACUGAAUGCCUCGAUGCCUGUCUGCCUGCUUUGUAUAGCAAGCCACGGCCACGUGACUCACUGUCUGUAGGAGUGAACAAUAUUCAUGAACGGUACCUAAUAAACUGGCCGCUGAGUGUAGUUUGAGUCAUUGAGAGGGGAAACACUGAGUUAACCCUAGCUCAAUGCCAGUCAGUGAAUGCACUUUAGAAUUCAACACAUAUUCAUUCAUUCAUUCAAGCCUCUUAGCGGCUGGUAAAAGGACUGGGGUGAUUAACUUUUCUUGCGAAUUGGUAGUUCUUCAGCCCUUGUCUGUGUGUUUUGUUGUUGUAACACAGUAACAACUCUUACCACCAAAUUGUUCUGUGCCGUAACAUUUUUGCCUUGCCGAUUAUCAUCACUAUUGUCCUUGAUAUUGUGACUUUACACUGUAUAUGGUCUGUUAUUAUUGUCAAUAUUUUGUCUGUGCGUGUGAGUUUGCUCAGACUGAUGCUGCGCCUGUUUUUGUUUUUAAGUGAAUAAAAUUCCCCCCGUUUUUUUACAA